AUGUAUAUAAUAAUUUGUUACAGUGAUGAAUUCAAAUGUAACGAUGGUACUUUAUUGGAGCUAUACAAAAGAUGUGAUGGCAUCAGAGACUGUAAAGAUGGUUCAGAUGAAACCUUGAAUGCCUGCGCUGGAAACAUUUGCCCCUCCUACUUGUUCCAGUGCGCGUAUGGGGCCUGUGUCGAAGAGGGAGUUGAUUGUAAUGACGUUUUUGAUUGCGCUGACGGCUCUGAUGAAUCGGAAAUACUCUGCAAGCGAAGUACUCCGCCUGUUACCACGUCCACCAACGAACCUCCGACCACCACAUCAACCAUUGCUGUGCAGAUAUUGAAUAUGUGUAUGCUGCCUCCGCACCCGAAAAAUGGCCGAUUCUUGAAAAACGGUGACUCAGACAUUUACGAACCUGGCGAAUUGAUCACCACCGUGUAUCUGAAUAUCACUUGUAUGCCAGGAUACAAGGUGGUUGGCGAUGAGGUGGUGUUCUGCAUAGGGGGACUGUGGUAUCCCGUCUCGCUACCUUCGUGUGUCCAGGCUUGCGAGCUUCCUCCGUCUGAGAGCGUGGAGUACCGGUGCAUCAUACGCGAUGCCAAAAUGGAGGGCACCAGGGAGUGCUCUUCACUGGAGGCGGAGGGUACGAUGGUCCAGCCCGAGUGUCGGCGCCCUAACUACUACAGCCCUAUAACUCUGUCCUACAUGGUCUGUGUGGAUGGUCGCUGGAGCCACACGCCUAUCUGCCAGCCUGAGUGCGGGACAUUGACACCGGUGGCGGAGCCCCUGAUCGCAGGAGGAUCCCAGGCUAGGCGGGGCGAAGUCCCUUGGCAUGUCACCGUCUACUCGCAGCUAAAAGGACGCUUCCAACAGAUCUGCGGAGGCUCUCUCAUCAGUGAUGAAGUCUUCAUAUCCGCGGCUCAUUGUUUCUGGAUGGAGGGCUACGGCGCCCUACCUCCGGAGCUAUUCGCAGCCGUAGCAGGGAAGCUGUACCGCGCCUGGGACGACCGUCGAGACCUCCCCUACGCGCAGUUCUUACCGAUAAAGGAGAUAAUCCUAGCAAACCGGUUCGCUGGUGCCGAACUACUGUACCAAGACGAUUUGGCCAUCAUAAGAGUUUCCGGGAAAUUUUUAUUUCGACCAUACGUCAGACCGGUCUGUGUGGACUUCUUGCCAAAGUUCAACGAGUUCCAACUGCGUCCUGGAAAUAAAGGAAAGGUGGCGGGAUUUGGUCUCACCAGCGACCAGCGAGAAUCGGAGUCAGCUGAGCUGAAGGUCGUUGAGCUGCCGUACGUGGACUGGGAGGAGUGUAUGCGGGUCACGCCCCCGGAGUAUUCCCCCUUCCUCAUCGGCAACAAGUUCUGCGCUGGCUACUUGAAUAGUACGGCGCUGUGCAAGGGCGACAGCGGUGGCGGGCUCGCUUUCCCUUCAUACGCGGAGGCGACGCUGCGGUACACGUUGAGGGGUGUGACGUCAACGGGCCCGCUCGCAGCGAAUGGCGCGUCCUGCAACCUGCACGCGCUCACCGCCUUCACCGCACUGCAGCCACACCAGAGCCUCGUGCGCGCGCACUUGCACUGACACCAUCACCAUUACCACUACUGCUAUCACCACCUCUACCACUGCCAUGCAACUAUUACCUAACUUAGCUUAAAAAAAAUUAACUAGAGAUGUAUCUUCGUACUUAUAGUAUAAGCUAAUUUAUUAUUGCUCAAGUAUAGCUAUUGUAUAUGUUCGAUUUCAAAUGCUAUUUUUUUAGUAUAGUUUAAAACAAUAAUUACUACUUUGUACAUAUUUCAAUACGUUUCUAACUGUACACUGUGUAUGUCUUUAUUAUAUAAAUAAACAUGUAAAUA